CUGAAUAGUUAGGAUUACAGGCAUGAACCACUGGCACCUGGCUUUGAUCUGUACUCUCUGGACCCUCACAAAACUUUCUGAUGUGUUAAUAUUACUGCACCCACCUUACAGACACAGAUACUGAUGUUCAAGCCUGGGGUGGAUGAUAUGUGGCUAUAGUCCCAGCUACUAAGUAGAUGGAGGUAAGGGAAUCACUUGAGCCCAGGAGUUCUAGACCAGCUUGGGCAAUCGGAGACCCUGUCUCUAAAAAGGAAAGGAAGGAAACUUGAGCUUAAAGAAGUUAUAUCAGUUAUCACGAAUCACCUUUGUCAGUGUCAAGGAAGAUGGAUGGCAUCCAAGAUCUGGAUGCCAAAUAACUAUCCUCACUGUAGAAUAUCAGGGGCUGACUCCGGAGGCAGAACCGAGGCCGCCAACUGUUGAACUGUUAACAUCCCGGAAGCGAAAAGCAGCACACGCGUGGCAUUUCCCUUCAAGAUGCCUAAAGGAAGAGCAGUCGGGGGGACCGUCUUCCUCGCCCACCCAGGCAUAUUCUGGGCAGCUCACUCGACUCCUUAGAUUACUGUCGGAUCGAUGGGGGUCCUGAGCGUCGGGGAAGUAAGAAAGCAAAUCCCGUAAAGUAAGGCUUGAGUUCAGGAAAAUCUGACGUCGCGAUCUGCUGGAGAAUUGUGAUUAUCGUUACUGUACGUUCUUUCGGUACUGCCUGUGGAGCAGGGUCCAACUUGAGGCAGCAUCAAGGCCCCUUCAGGCAGCGCCGUGGGCAGCCCCGCAGCCGGGGCCUGGUGCAGCCGCCGCGGCCGCUGUCAGGGAAGCGCAGGCGGCCAAUGGAACCCGGGAGCGGCCGCUGCUGCUGAGGCGGCGGUGUCGGAAGCCCGACCCCGACCGCCUGCACCCCCUCCGCAGGGGGCCCCCAGGAGGAUCAGCUAAACCUUGAACUAAGAAGAAAAUGUGUUGGGAGGAGGGGGAGCCUCAGCUGUCUCAGGCUUUUCUGGACAAAAGGGUGUUUCUGGAGGAUGGAGCAAGUUUUGAAGAAGUCCCUAUCAGAUUACACUUUGUUGACUACUCAGGAGCAGCCACUAGGAGGGAUGAACAGGCCUGCAUGGAAACUGAAUGAGCUUGGAAGCUCGAAGUCUGGCUGUAGCCAUGGGAGACAUGGUAGUGGAGCCUGCCCCCCUGAAGCCAACUUCUGAGCCUACUUCUAGCCCACCAGGGAAUAAUGGGGGCUCCUUGUUAAGCGUCAUCACGGAGGGGGUCGGGGAACUAUCAGUGAUUGACCCUGAGGUGGCCCAGAAGGCCUGCCAAGAGGUGCUGGAAAAAGUCAAGCUUUUGCACGGAGGUGUGGCCAUCUCCAGCAGAGGCACCCCACUGGAGUUGGUCAAUGGGGAUGGUGUAGACAAUGAGAUCCGUUGCCUGGAUGAUCCGCCUGCCCAGAUCAGGGAAGAGGAAGAUGAGGUGGAAGCUGCCGUGACCUCGGGAACAGCCAAAGGAGCAAGAAGGCGUCGGCAGAACAACUCAGCCAAACAGUCUUGGCUGCUGAGGCUGUUUGAGUCAAAACUGUUUGACAUCUCUAUGGCCAUUUCAUACUUGUAUAACUCCAAGGAGCCUGGAGUGCAAGCCUACAUUGGCAACCGGCUUUUCUGCUUUCGCAAUGAAGAUGUGGACUUCUAUCUGCCCCAGUUGCUUAACAUGUACAUCCACAUGGAUGAGGAUGUGGGUGAUGCUAUUAAGCCCUACAUCGUCCACCGUUGUCGCCAGAGCAUUAACUUCUCCCUCCAGUGUGCCCUAUUGCUCGGGGCCUACUCUUCAGACAUGCACAUUUCCACUCAACGACAUUCCCGUGGGACCAAGUUACGGAAGCUGAUCCUUUCAGAUGAGCUGAAGCCAGCUCAUCGAAAGAGGGAGCUGCCCUCCUUGAGCCCAGCUCCUGACACAGGGCUGUCUCCCUCCAAAAGGACUCACCAGCGCUCUAAGUCAGAUGCCACUGCCAGCAUAAGUCUCAGCAGCAACCUGAAACGAACAGCCAGCAACCCUAAGGUGGAGAAUGAAGAUGAGGAGCUCUCCUCCAGCACCGAGAGUAUUGAUAAUUCAUUCAGUUCCCCUGUCCGACUGGCUCCUGAGCGAGAAUUCAUCAAGUCCCUAAUGGCAAUUGGCAAACGGCUGGCCACUCUCCCCACCAAAGAGCAGAAAACCCAGCGGCUGAUCUCAGAGCUCUCCCUGCUCAACCAUAAGCUCCCUGCCCGAGUCUGGCUACCCACCGCUGGCUUUGACCACCACGUGGUCCGCGUGCCCCACACGCAGGCUGUUGUCCUCAAUUCCAAGGACAAGGCUCCCUACCUGAUCUAUGUAGAAGUCCUUGAAUGUGAAAACUUCGACACUACCAGUGUCCCUGCCCGGAUCCCCGAGAACCGAAUUCGGAGCACACGAUCUGUAGAGAAUCUGCCUGAAUGUGGUAUCACCCAUGAGCAGCGGGCUGGCAGCUUCAGCACCGUGCCCAACUAUGACAAUGAUGAUGAAGCCUGGUCAGUGGAUGACAUAGGCGAGCUGCAAGUGGAGCUCCCUGAAGUGCACACCAACAGCUGUGACAACAUCUCCCAGUUCUCCGUGGACAGCAUCACCAGCCAGGAGAGCAAGGAACCUGUGUUCAUUGCAGCAGGGGAUAUCCGACGGCGCCUUUCAGAACAGCUAGCUCAUACCCCUACAGCCUUCAAACGAGACCCAGAAGACCCUUCUGCUGUUGCCCUCAAAGAACCUUGGCAGGAAAAAGUACGACGGAUUAGAGAAGGUUCCCCCUAUGGUCAUCUCCCCAAUUGGCGGCUCCUGUCAGUCAUUGUCAAGUGCGGGGAUGACCUUCGACAAGAACUGCUGGCCUUCCAGGUGUUGAAGCAACUGCAGUCCAUUUGGGAACAGGAGCGAGUGCCCCUUUGGAUCAAGCCAUACAAGAUUCUUGUGAUUUCGGCCGACAGUGGCAUGAUUGAACCAGUGGUCAAUGCUGUUUCCAUCCACCAAGUGAAGAAACAGUCCCAGCUUUCCUUGCUCGAUUACUUCCUGCAGGAGCACGGCAGUUACACCACUGAGGCGUUCCUCAGUGCCCAGCGCAAUUUUGUGCAAAGUUGUGCUGGCUACUGCUUGGUCUGCUACCUGCUACAAGUCAAAGACAGGCACAAUGGAAACAUCCUUCUGGAUGCAGAAGGCCACAUCAUCCACAUCGACUUUGGCUUCAUCCUGUCCAGCUCACCCCGAAACCUGGGCUUUGAAACAUCAGCCUUUAAGCUGACCACAGAGUUUGUGGAUGUAAUGGGUGGCCUGAAUGGUGACAUGUUCAACUACUACAAGAUGUUGAUGCUGCAAGGGCUGAUCGCUGCUCGCAAACACAUGGAUAAGGUGGUGCAGAUUGUGGAGAUCAUGCAACAAGGUUCUCAGCUGCCUUGCUUCCACGGCUCCAGCACCAUUCGCAACCUUAAAGAGAGGUUCCACAUGAGCAUGACUGAGGAGCAGCUCCAGAUGCUGGUAGAGCAGAUGGUGGAUGGCAGCAUGCGGUCUAUCACCACCAAACUCUAUGAUGGCUUCCAGUACCUCACCAACGGCAUCAUGUGACACUCUCCUCAGGCCCAGCAGUAGUGGGGGGCAUCUCUGGCACCCUCUCUGGGAGGGCCCUUGUCGAAGAAACCCCAAACCAUGAAAUCCCACCUACCCAACCAUCUACCCAAGGGAAAUGGAAGGCAAGAAAUACAAAGGAUCAUGUGGUAACUGUGAGAGCUUGCCAAGGGGUCCAGACUUGUUGGGGUUCCCAUGCCCCCUGCGGUGUCAGUAUUACCACCUGACAAGACUCCAGGACUCACUGCCCUCCAGAGAACAGAUGAUGAACGAGGGGCACCAGGGCCUUUCGUCUCACCAGGGUAGGAUCUGAGGCUCUUUCCACAGGCCAUCUUAUCUUUUCUGGGCCCCAGCAAAGGGAGAAGAGUGGGUUCUUGGUACUUAGGAUUUGAUCCUAUGGUUGGCCUUUGGCCAUGCUGCUGCCCAACUCUCCUCUGCCAGGGACUGACCCCUAGCCAGAGUUCCUCUUGGUAGGUGGGCUGACACAGGUUCCUGAAGUUGCUGAGCUUCCCUGUCAUGGGGAUGAGGGAGGGAAUUACCACAGUCCCUCCGGCGUAUUGAGGGUAUUGGCCUAACCAUGAGGAAUUCCUGACCCUCAUACCUUCCUUACACCCAGGGAAAUGGCUCUCAAUUUUUUAUUUUUAAUUUUUGUCUGAAAUAAAGUCCUUAGUUAGCCA